AUGUCCGCCAGACCUGAUAAACCAGUGUGGAUGUCCCAAGAGGACUAUGACAAGCAGUAUGGUAGUGUUACAGAUGAUAUUGUAACUGAAUCUGUUGCUAAUCAGGGUACGGUUGAUAAAUCUCAUCAUGAGGCUACUAAAGAAUAUGGGAGGAAUCGUGAGAACUUUCAAGAUUCUUAUCAAGAACAAGCUACUAAAAACAAUAGGGGAAACCACCAAAGAAGACAUCAGAGAUACGAUGAAGAAGAAAGAAGAAAGAGGGCUAGAACUCAGCAAUUACGUGAGGAACAGCUUAAGAGACAUGAGAUUGAAUUGGCAAGUCAAAAGGAAAAAAAUGUUGAUCAAUUAGUUAUUAACCAUUAUAAUGAGAGGACGUAUAUUGCUAAUAGAUCGAAGAGAAACCUAUCACCUAUUAUUAAACUUCGUAAUUUCAAUAAUGCAAUUAAGUUUAUGCUAAUUGAUAAAUUUACGAAACAACAUAAUGUUGUACUGGAGCUUGGUUGUGGUAAAGGUGGUGAUUUGAGAAAAUAUGGUCAAGCAAGCAUUUCUCAAUUCAUAGGUAUUGAUAUAUCAAAUGCAUCCAUUGAAGAAGCACAAAGAAGAUAUAAAACUAUGAAAAAUUUGGAUUAUCAAGUUAUAUUGAUAACUGGUGACUGUUUCGGUGUUUCACUAGGAGAAUUACUUGAACCAUUUCCUCAAUGUAGGUUCCCUUGUGAUGUUGUUUCAGCGCAGUUUUGCUUACAUUAUGCUUUUGAAACUGAGGAAAAAGCCAGAUGCACAAUGCUUAAUAUUACUAAAUCAUUAGCUAUUGGAGGUUGUUUUUUUGGAACUAUCCCUGAUUCAGAGUUUAUUCGUUAUAAACUGAAUAAAAUAAGUAAAGAUGUGGAAAAGCCUUCUUGGGGAAACUCCAUUUACAAAGUCACAUUCGCAAACAAUGAAUAUCAAAAGAAUGAUAACGAGUUUCCAUCACCGUAUGGUCAGUUGUAUACGUUUUGGUUGGAAGAUGCUAUUGAUAAUGUGCCUGAGUAUGUGGUACCUUUUGAGACUUUAAGAAGUUUGGCGGAUGAAUACGGGAUGGAAUUAGAAUUGCAAUCUCCUUUCAAUAAAUUUUUUGUCGAUGAAAUACCCAAUUGGAUGCACAGAUUCUCUCCUAAAAUGAGAGAAGGUUUGCAAAGAUCAGAUGGAAGAUUUGGUAUUGAAGGUGCUGAAAAGGAAGCUGCCGCAUAUUUCUACACAGUUUUUGCCUUUAGAAAGGUGAGAGAUGUAAACAUGGAAUGA